AGUGGUGUUGGUGUGUGUUAGUUUUUGAAGCAAUGGCGCUCGGCGCACUGUGAUCGGCAAAACGAAAACAUUGCCAAGAUCGGCCGAUUUUGACUCAGACCGUCGGCUAAAUGCACCGCAAUCGGCGAGUUAUGCGUCCGCUCGACCCUGCACGCCACUAGGAUGUUAAUGGCGCUUCGGCUGGCCAUCUUAUGCUGUUUUUUCGCGUCGAUCCGAGCACACACUUCUCUGCUAUUCUCUACCACCAAGGAUAUCAGGCUUCUAAAUGUCACAAACAAAUCGCACAAAAUCAGCAUUAUCAUUAAGGACUUGGAAGAUGGCGGCGCGGUGGACUUUUACCACGCCGGCGGCCUGGUGUGCUGGACAGACCACGGCAAAGAGAUGAUCGCCUGCCAAUCCACCAACCGCACCGACGGCUCUCAUGCCAAGGUUGCGGUGGUGACCUCAGGGUUGAACUCCCCGGACGGUCUGGCGUGUGACUGGAUCACAGAAAAGCUGUACUGGACCGACGGGGAGACCAACCGCAUCGAAGUCGUCUCGCUCAACGGACUCAACCGAAAAGUGCUUUUCUGGGAAGACAUCGACCAGCCGAGAGCCAUCGCACUAGUUCCAAUGAAAGGGUUGAUGUUUUGGACUGACUGGGGAGAAGUGCCUAAAAUCGAGCGUGCUGGAAUGAAUGGAGAUCCGUCGACAAGGACUAUUAUUGUGAGCGAAGACAUUUUCUGGCCCAACGGACUGACUAUUGAUUACGACUCUGAAACAAUUUACUGGGCCGAUGGCAAGCUCAAUUUCGUUGCAGCUAUGGACUAUGAAGGAAAGAAUAGACGCAUCAUUAUCAACAGAGGAAUCAGCUACCUCUAUUCGAUCACGUAUUUUGACAGCAAAAUGUACUGGAUUGAGUGGGACCAGCGCUCCAUCCAAAUGUAUGACAUGACCAUUGACAAAGAUCCAAAGACACUGGUCAAGGGUACGCCAAGCACCUUUGCUCCCAUGGGUGUACUCAUAAUGGACGCCAAAAGACAACCUGUUGGUAAAAGUCCGUGCGAAGUCAACAACGGAGGGUGUUCCCAUUUGUGUCUCUUGUCACCAAAUCCUCCUGGCUUCUCCUGCGCCUGUCCAACUGGAGUGAAACAAACCACAAAAUUCACUUGCGCAAACGGAGCGCAAGAGCUUUUGCUGUUAGUACAGAAGACUGAAAUUUCCAACAUUUCUCUGGACACUCCAGACUACAGCCAGUUCGUUCUUCCUCUUAUGGGAAUCAAGCACGCAAUCGCCAUUGAUUUUGAUCCAGUGGACCAACAGCUUUACUGGACUGAUGAUGAGGCUCGUACAAUAUCUAGGGUAAAUCUUGAUGGUUCAAACCAGCAAGAGCUCGUCGGUACAGAAGUUGAGCACCCAGAUGGGAUUGCAGUAGACUGGAUCGCAAGAAAUUUGUACUGGACUGACACAGGAACAGACAGGAUUGAAGUUUCAAGAUUGAGUGGCGCCUACAGAAAGGUGCUGAUAAAUGAAAACUUGGUUGAGCCGCGUGCUAUUGCCUUAGCUCCAGAACAUGGACUCAUGUUUUGGUCAGACUGGAAUGAAAAGCACCCAAAAAUUGAGCGUGCCGCGUUGGACGGUACACAAAGGUCCGUUUUGAUAGAUGACGAAUUGGGUUGGCCAAACGGUCUCGCUCUUGACUUGGAUUCGGCCAAGGUGUACUGGUGUGACGCUAAAACUGACAGAAUCGAGAUGGCCAACUUUGAUGGAACUGAUAGACGUGCACUUAUCACAGACCAUCUUCCACACGUUUUUGGUCUCACUUUGUCUGGCGAAUAUCUCUACUGGACUGACUGGCAAAGAAGAGCUAUUGAUAAGGCUCACAAGGUUACUGGCAACGAAAGAACAGUAAUUGUUGAUCACUUGCCAAACUUGAUGGGCUUGAAAGCUGUCAAGUUAGAUAGUAAAAGGGCCGGCACAAACCCUUGUGCCAAGUCAAAUGGGGGAUGUUCACACUUGUGUUUGAACAGACCAAAAGACCAUGUCUGCGCUUGUCCCUAUAGCUACGAGUUGAGUACAGACACAAGGAAUUGUGUUGUUCCGGAAGCGUUUCUUCUCUUGGCAAGGAAGGAGAAUAUUUUCCGAAUCAGCAUUGAACACUACAACAAUGAUGCUGUUAUUCCAAUCACUGGAAUCAAAGAUGCAAGUGCUCUCGAUUUUGACAUAACUGACAAUAGAAUAUACUGGACUGAUGUUAAAGUUAAGGCUAUUACUAGAGCAUUUAUGAAUGGGUCCAAGGUUGAGAAAAUUGUGGAAUUUGGUCUGGAUUCACCCGAAGGCAUGGCAGUUGAUUGGGUAGCUCAUAACAUUUACUGGGCUGACACUGGUAGCAAAAAAAUUGAAGUUGGUCGACUUGAUGGCUCGUCUCGAAAAGUUCUCUUCUGGGAGAAAGUCGAAGAGCCUAGAAGUCUGGCUCUUGAUCCCAGAGAAGGUUUUAUGUAUUGGAGUGACUGGGGCAAAACUGGACGCAUUGAAAGAGCUGCUAUGGAUGGAACAAGAAAUGAAAUUUUAAUGGAGAAACUGGGCCGCGCCAAUGGCCUCACAAUCGACUUUGUUCAGAGUCGUCUCUUCUGGACGGCCCUGGAUACGCCAGCUAUAGAAAGUUCUGAUCUCUCUGGCAUGAACAGACGCACCAUUGUUGCUUCUGACAUCCAGAAGCCUUAUGGACUGACUCAAUACCAAGAUUACAUUUAUUGGACAGACUGGAGCACAGGAGACAUAGUUAGAGCAAACAAGUCCAAUGGACUCAACAGGACUAAAAUCCACGAGCGCUUAGAAUUUGUGACUGACAUUUUGGUAUUCCAUGCAUCUCGUCAGUCUGGUUGGAACCAGUGUGCUGUCAACAAUGGAGGCUGCACCAACUUGUGCCUUGUGGUUCCGAGUCCAGGUGCAGCUCCUGGAAAACAAAUAACUGCUCACAGGUGUGGAUGCCCCACACACUACAUUUUAGUGAACAACACCUGCCUUCCUCCGCGCAACUUCCUUCUUUUUAGUCAGAGAAAUGCCAUUUCAAGACUUAGUCCUGAUUCAAAGGACUACCCUCUGGUGCAGCUGCCAAUUCCAACCCUGAGAAAUGUUAGAGCUUUGGAGUUUGAUCCCACCAGGCAGCUUGUGUACUGGGUGGACGGCAAAAGCCAGAGCAUCCGCCAAGCCUCAAGCAAUGGCACGACGGGAAGUGUUUUGGUGCCAGGGUCACCAGACGUCCACCCUUAUGACCUGGCCAUUGAGCCUUUCUCAGGCCUUUUGUUCUGGACAUGUUCCCUUAAUAACUCUAUUAAUGUAACAAGACUGAAUGGCUCCUCUGUGGGCCCAGUUGUGAGGGUUGAAAACGAGAAACCCCGUCACAUCGCCAUCCACGCCAAAAGAGGACUCCUGUUUUGGACUGAUGUUGGCUCCACACCAAGGAUCCUGAGGGCCAGACUGGACGGUCAGAAGCGCCUGAUAGUGGCCUCGGGACUGGAAAAGCUGGCAGGCCUUGCCGUCGACUCUGAGGCUGAUCUCAUUUUCUGGGCCUACCAGCACCACAUUGAAUGUGCUGACCUUCAAGGUGACAAGCGAAGGACUGUGGUCACAGGGCUCCAGCAGCCAGCAGGUCUCUCUGUGCUCGGAAACUUUGUCUACUGGGUCGACUUGGACCAGCACCAAAUUCGAAAGGUGCACAAGUUCCGAGGCGGGGAGCGAGAAACAAUCAGUGCGCGAAUAACGCAGCUUACAGACAUCCUGGCAGUGCACGCCCCGUCCCCAGAGGAGUUGAGCACCAACCCUUGCAUCAAUGGUGGUGGCUGCUCGCACAUUUGCGUCCCUGGGGACAAUGGAGGCCCCCAGUGCUUGUGUCCAUCGGGACUGACCUUGCUAAACGACCGAAGAACUUGCGGUAACUCCCCUGCUUGCGAAGAGGAGAACUUUGCCUGUGAAACCGCCACCCACGACAAGGACUGCAUUCCCAAGAACUGGGUUUGUGAUGGCCAGGUGGAUUGUGUUGACGGCAGUGAUGAGCACGACUGUCCCGAGUGCAGACACGAUCAGUUCCAGUGCAAGAAUGGCCCUUGCAUAGAUCUUUUGUGGAGGUGUGAUGGAACGGCACACUGCCCAGACGGUCUGGACGAAGUGGACUGUUGUCCUAAAGGCCAGUUUCGUUGUGCUUCCUCUCCUACCUGCAUUGCGGCGUCAAUGGUGUGCGACGGGUGGAACAACUGUGGUGAUGGCAGUGAUGAGUCUCCAGUUAAUUGUCAAAGACAAGAGGUGAUGAUGCCAGUUUCCCAUGGAAAAACGUACUUGCUGGGCAUCCUGGUUGGUGUUUUGGCCACAUUGGCAGUGGCCGGCAUCGUCUUCUACCUGCGUUACCGCGCCACGGCCAACAACAACGCGGCCGCCACUCGUCCUGGUGAGCUGGAGGCGGCCGACCCUCUGGCCCCUAAGCCCAUCAGCGGCCAGAAACUGCCACCCCAACACAGCCUGGUGUCGAAAUCAGGCCGAAAACCAACCGGUCUGCGGCCGGGCAGUGACACUGUUCGCAUGUCUGCGCUCGGCUACGACCGCUCUCGGCUCACAGGGGCCUCAAGUUCGGGGUCAAGUUCAACACCCCCGGCCGCGGGGUAUCCUCGGGAGACGCUGAAUCCGCCCCCGAGCCCAGUCACCGACCCACGGUCGGCGUGCGCUGAGAGCCACUGCUGCUCGGCGUACUCGGGGACCAGCAGCCGGAGGCCUUACCGGCACUACCGCUCCAUCAACAAGCCGCCCCCGCCGACGCCGUGCAGCACGGACGUGUGUGACGAGAGUGACUCGUACGCGUGCGGCGCGGCCUCAAGACUAGGCUCCGAGUACGACUCGGACCCUUUUCCGCCGCCGCCCACGCCGCGCUCGCAGUACCUCAGUGAUGAAAUGUCGUGUCCGCCGUCGCCGUGCACUGAACGCUCCUACUUCAACCCGUUGCCGCCACCACCCUCGCCAGACCACUCUCCAGACCACUCUCCCAGCUAGUGAAAAGUAAAUAUGUAUCAACAUAUUAUUUAUUUCAAAUCCAAUCGAUUCUUCCAAUUUGACAAUACCGUAUUUAUUUGAAUUUACUCAGAAAAAAAUACCUUGGAAUUUUGAAAGCGGUCUUUAAUUUUGUUUUAAAGGGCCUGUUACAAACAGGAAUUACUCGUCUUUGACCAUAGUAGUUUUUGUUUAAGUUUGGUUUAGCUAAAAACCAGCAAAGUUUUUUUUUUGUGGUGCAUGCCAAGGCAUUUUGCACAAAUAAUCUUAGUACUGAUUGUGAGCUUUUGAAGGCGCAAAUUGUUGAAAACAAUGCCAAGGCAUGACUGCACAGUCUUAAUGAAUCAACCAAGUGGCCGCAACGACUGAAGCAAAUUUUUGUGCCAUGGUCCCCUUGAAAGCCUCUCCUAAUAAUUUUAACGUUGGUCACAAAUUUAAACACUUAAUUAUUUUAUCAUCUACCUCCUGACCCCUGUAACGAGUAAAUGUAUAAGUAAGUGUUGCAUAUAAUAUAAUUAGCGUUAUCACGGGAAACGAAAAUGUGAAUAUAGUUAUAAAAAUAUACAAAAAAAGCGUUAAUGAAAAGCAGGAGAAUGUGCCUUUCCCCUCUCUUGUGAAAUCAAUGAGGGUAAACAUAUCGCCAUUACCUAUUGUUGAUGGAAACGAUUUGCUGCAAUUAUUAAAA